UUUCUCCGGAGUGAGGGGGUGGUUUUUUGCUCCUGAAAAUAUGGCCGCUCCAAAAUGUGGUUUCCCUCGAUAUUAUUAUUCUUUAUUCCCAUUUCUCUACUUUCUUUUUCCUUUCAUAUUCGCUACCGAUUUUCCAGAGCUCCGAGCAUCCUGAACUACAUAUCGAAACGGUGUUUGAGUAAUUGGAUCUUUUGACCUCGUACGAGACCGGGUCCUACGACUGGAGGGUGCGCCUCGAAAAAAGAUGGGAGUCGGAGGGAGAACGCGCCAGAGAUUUAGAGACGGAAAAAAUGGAUGGAGCGCGGAAAUGCUGAAGUGGACAGUAUCAAGAUCCCUGUCGACUGCGAGCUCGACUCCCCAUCCCGGAGUCACCGGAUCGCAUCAAACCAUGAACAACAACAAGUCAAAUGCAGCAUCGAGGAGGCCUUUUCGUGAUCUCUCCAACACACCCCCCACAGGAACCUCGAGAUCUACGAUAAACGUACAACAAGCCCCUCAAAAUUCAUCGAGCAAACCCACACCUGGUCGACGAAGAAGAUGCAGGAGCCACGGGAGCGAUCUUCGGGCGUACUUUCACGCAACGAAGCCAAACCUCAGAUCGGCGAAAAGACAAUCGGUGGCACCGGAAAUCGAGAAAUCGCCGAGAACAGAAACGUUUUAUCAGAGCACGCCGCGAGUAGAUUCGGACAUUGGUCCGUUGACCUUAUUCGCCGGAAGCGGGGCAGCUCGGUGCUCGACGGCGAUGACGUUACCGACCGAUCCGAGCGUCCUUCUGAAGGGCCAUCCAAAGACAUUUCCGGCGAAUAACAACGAAUUGCCGCAGAACGUUAUGAACGAAGCGCGCGCAAAUCUUCAGUCGCACGUGUCAGACUUUUUCCAUCAAAUCUCCGUGGCCGGAAGUCCCGAAGACGUCAUGGAAGCUGAGUCCGUUCCUUACACGAAAACGAGACUCUUCGCGCAAAAUCGAGAAACGAGGAUGAAGCUAGCCUCGGAAUAUGCCAAAACUCCGUGUCAUCCGAAACUAGCGAAAAUCACGAAACUUCACACGCGGUGCAGAACUCCUUAUCACACCAAAAUCGUCAGCCAAUCGAGACCUUCCCACGACACGAGUCAAGACGAAUCCUUGCAACAAACACCUUUGGCAGGCAGGUUGGCGCAUAUGAGGAUCGAUCAGGAUGCAUCCAAUUAUGAAAAUAUGGAUAACACCGUCACCGAAGUCCUGAACAGGGGGCAAGGGACGAGUUCGAGUGAGAAAAAGGUAGCAGAAAUUUUGAUUCUCGAUGCGGAGGAGAGGCGGAGGGUGUUGGAGGAAACGAGACCGAUGGAAAAAGUAGAAAAAAUUGAAAAUCCGUCUCGAAUGGAGACGGAGAAGGAGGAGAAUAUUUACGAGGUAAUAGGGGAGCGCGAGGACGAGGGUUUCGUGGACGAAGGAAAAGCGGCGCACAACGACAGUUCGGUGUCUUCGGCGAGUCAAUUAUUGGAGGAUCCGUCACCGAUGUCUUGGGCAUUUCGUUCGCCGAGCGAUUCCGAGGGUGUGUUUACGUUACGUCGACAGCGGGGGAUAAGAAGAAAGCGGCAGAAGCGAGAUCAGCCGGGGGAAAGUAAAGAGUCGACGAGUAAAAAGCGUCGUUCGCGAAGUUUGAGUCCGACGAGUAAGAGAAAAAUACUCGAGACAAAAGUGCCGAGUAUCGAGGCUGUGAAUCGUCACGUUAAGAAAUUCGCCCUCGAGACCGACCUCGAUUCAACCUUCGGCGAGAUAACCGCCUCGAAAACAAUUUCAUUCAGUCAAAGCACCGAAGAGCGUAAAGGAGAUGAAAAUACGACGAAAAUCAAUUCGUGGGAGCUGGAAAGCCCCAAAUCUUCCAUGAUCGAUGACUUUCAGAGCUCCAAAUCUUUCCUACACUCAGUAACCGAGACACCCGAAGCACCUCUCGUCGCUACUGUCAGAAGAUGCCUCAAAUACAGCCCCGAGAACGAGGCUCCGAGAUCCUCUAAUUCGAGGGGCUCCAUCGAAAUUGAGUGUACAGUCGUUAUGGACAGUCUGCACGUUCGCGUGAUACGUUGCAAGGAUCUUCGACGCACGUACGAGGGGCCGAUACACGCUUACGUCAAAGCGAGCCUCAAGAAUCCCUGCGGCGAGGGUUCGGUGGUUAAGAGGACGGCAGUUCAUCGCGCUACCCCAAAUCCAGUUUUUCACGAGACUCUCGUCAUCCCCUACUCACCAUUGGCCAACAAUAAUUCGUUGAGAAGAGCUACGUCACUGGACAUUGCUGUCUGGCAUCGCGAUCGACGUGCGAGGCGCAGCGAGCUGCUGGGCUGCAUGACUUUACCCCUGCCCCUGGCUCAGGACAAGGAAGCAACAUGGCACCCUCUGGAAGCUGGCUCAGGCCGAAACACGAGCACCCCUUACUCGGGUCUACCCCAAGACUGUCCAAUAUCCCCGCCACUCCCGAAAGAUGGUGUCGAGCAAACGGACAAUAACAAUUCCAAUUCAGCUGACGAUCUCACUUAUCUCAGAUAUCUCGAGCUCGAACCCCUCGAUCCUCUUACGGGGCUGCCACUCCAUCCAACUUUCACGGCUCGGGGUGGUAGAACACCAUGUACGAUUACGAGACGAUUGAUAAGGCAGAGCGGUGUCAACCAGGUGCCAUGGGGUUUUUCCCUGUCGUGGGGUCGACCGCCCCGGGUGGAAAGGGUGGACACAGGAAGUCCGGCGGAGCGUUCAGGUCUGAGGCCGGGCGACCACGUGGUUUUCGUGGAUACGAGCAACGUCGUGACGUUGCCACGAGAAGAUAUCCUUUCGUUGAUACAAUCAGCGACGAACCAGUUGAUCCUGGAGGUAUAUCGAAAAGGAGCAGCAUCACAAUCGUCAGUACAAAGGCCGAGUGUCGUCAACGUCACCCUCCAAUCCGCCAUCGAACAUUCCCAAAAUGGUCAAACAUCGGCGGUCGCCUUCACCGCCGAGGUAUUUCCGAACCUCGCCCCCGACGCAUCACCCGACGAGGAAUUAUUGAUCCGCGAGGCCCGUUAUUGGUCAACCUUGAAAAGCGGUCAGACCCGGUUUCUCGCACCGUUGGCCGAUCGACGUGACAUUCUGUCGUCCACCGAUUACAGCAUCCUCUUUCAAAAUCUCGAGGAACUCGUGAAACUCUCCGAGGAGAUUCGCGACGAGGGCGGUGGCGUUGAGUCUUAUCUGAUCCGCGUGCCAAGAAUAACCGCCUCUUACAGGAGAUAUUUGAGCGGUUUGCAACGUGCCUGCUGUUUACUAGUCGCUCUCAGACGAAACUCAGCCUUUUCCAAACUGGUCUGCGAACCCGCUGUGCCGCACAAAAGGCGACCCGACAUCACGGGCGUCUUGCUCCUUCCCCUUGAACAUUACAGAGAAAUGACGAGGCUGGUGGGUCUAGCAUCGCCGAGAAAUUGUCAGAAGGCGAGGGACCUUGCGCAAGGCUACAGAGAAGCAACGGCGAACGCGGGAGUGAUGGAGCCGCCACGAGACACCGGAAGACCCUUGUUGAGUUUACAGGAAGUGGAAUCGCGUCUGGUGUUUGCUCGAUGUAGGCCAUUCACGUUGGCGAUGCCGGGGAGACAAUGGCUCUUCGGUGGGGCUUUGGCGAAGGUCGAAGGUCGUCGCCUCCAACCCUCGUGGGCGUUGCUGCUGACGGAUCUUCUGGUCUUCGCUCGGGUUUCGCGUGACCGGGUGCUUUUCGUGACAGAAGAGCCGUUGAGGUUAUCGAACAUCGCGGAAGCCUGUUUCACCGUCCGGAAAAGACCGACGGAAUUCAGACUCCAAGUAUCGAUAACGCCGAAUGGGAACAACGAAAAUGGCCAGUUAGAAGUGGUCCAUAGCGGGGGCUGCAGCCCGCAUGGGAGACCACGGAGAAGAGUCCUCGUUCUACGAGCCCCUAGUCCCGAACUCAAAGCCGUUUGGCACAAUCUUCUACAACGUCAAAUAAUCUAUGUGAAUACAGGCUGUGGGGGUACACCGAGCCUCGGCAGUCCCGAGGAGAGUCCAUUCACUGGUAGCAACUUCACCACUGCCUGCGAAUCGGCCCCAAGCCCUCAGAUCCCGACAUCCGGUAACUCCCCGCACCGGGAGCACGAUCGAUUACGUGGCGAGUGUCUCGACAGCAUACUGAAGAACAACGUCAACCAGCACUCGGACAGCAAUCACCUGGCGCAAUGGGUCAGGAAUUCCCAUCAGAUACCGCCACCCGACCACGAAAUACCGCUGGAAGAAUGGACGCGGGAAGAGCUCGCGGCGAGAGCCCCGAAAUCGAGUUCACCGGUGAGCGCGGCUGUCCACAACCCGGAGAACGUCGUCGAGGAACAAAUCGCCAUGAAUUCGGACGUCGAACAACAGAGCACCGCGUCGAGCGCAAGUUUAAGCACAGUUAAAUCGAACAGCGUUACUGCGAACAGAAAAAACGGCGGAUUCUUUCAAGGUGGCGGAAGCCUCAAGGACAUUACGGGAACGAGCGCCAUCAGCAUCUGCAGAAGGUCAGGAUGCCCGACUCCACCUCUGCUCAGGGAUCCCUUCUCGCCUCUACCCCCCAAAAUCUCGAUCUUACCGCCCACCCCUGAUCUUUGUACCAGCCACAGAUUCAGACCUGGACCACACGACAGUCCUGGUCGCAAUAGCUCCAAUUGCACACCUGCCGAUGGAAAUACCGAAGAUGGCAGCGAAGAUGAUUUGGACUGCGACGGAGAACCACCUUACAGAGCUCUGCGUCGAUUCGGAACGAUGAGCAGUUUGGAUCAGGACGACGAGAUCGACGAACAAGGAGACGAGGAUAAUCGUGACCUUGAAUCGCCACCGUCCGGUUUGCGAGCGUGGACAACGAGAGCGAGCAAUUUUGUCGUCAGUAAGAUGGUCCUCCUGGAGCAAUUGAGCGAGGGUGUCGGAGGGUAUUUGCUGCAGCCACCGGUGCCACCGGAAAGAACAGAAUUUUCCCUCGAUCCAAACGACGAGGAGGGUACUACUUCCGGAGGCACUUCCGGUGACGACAUUUGGGGCACUCCGACUUCAGGCGGCCCCGACGAUGAAAGUUUCACGGCCAGUCCGCCGUCGACGAACGGCAACAUAACGGGUGAGGACAACUACGGAUUGAGUCUGAAUCACGAUGACGACGACGAUCAAGACGUGCUGGAGGGUGACGUGGACGACUGUGAUCUGCCGGAGUUGAGCAUGGAUCAUUUGCUGGGCGGCACAGGCGGCGGGAGCUUGGGUUCUCUUCGGUGUUUCCUGGGUCGUCGGAGGCUCGAGCCGCUUCCGGAGGAGGAAGAUUCGCCGGGGAGUGGCAAGCUCCAGGUGGGAUGGUGGUGACAGAGGUUGCACGUCGAGACCUCGAGGAAACUCGACGACGAAGAAGAGGAGGAAGAAGAGGACGAGGAGGAGCAGCAACAAGAGCAAGAAUUAAAAGAAUACGAAGAGGCCGAAAGAGCGGAAAUGAAGAAGGAAUUCAAGGAAGACGACGUGAGAAAAGUGCAGAGAGAACACGAUAAAAUAUUCGCGAGAUUGGAGAAGGAGGACGAAGAUUUUCGUCGGAAAAUUUUGGAUCUCCACCGAAAGUUGUCAGACGUCGACGAGGACAUUGCCCAAGCGAUAGUCCGAAAGGCUAGCACGAUAUCUUCCAAAGAACUCCAAAGAGAGGAUUGUGCCAAAGGCUCGGAAAGCUCUCCAAAGGCUUCCGGAGACACGAGAGAGGCGAGGAACUUGGCAAGGCUCGAAGAGCUCGAGUCGAUAGCUCGAAGAAACGAACGAAUGUCCUCGAGCGGUGACUCCUCGUUGGAUAAAGAACUCGAGCCGGAUCCGAGCCGGAAAUACACGAACGAGAGACGUCCGUCCACCGAGAAAAGACGCCUGAGGAAACUCGACCUUGAACUCGAGCGGAGAAGACAUCUCGAGCAGUUGAGACGUCGAUCCGAAAGAUUGGAGGAUGUCACUGAAGAAAAUUUGGACGAAAAUGCUCCCGGUGGACCGCGGGAAACUAGUCUUCUGACGAGAUUAAGAAUCCGUCGUCGGAGCAUCAAACUGCUGGGCUUCCUCAGUGGCAAAUCGGCUGAUCGUUCUCAGGAAGAAAGAGCCACGAGAUUGCUGAGAAUGUACAUGCCCGAAAAGAACGGCGCCAGCAACGUCAAGCCCCAAAACACCAUUUCCAUUCAUCACACAUCCAGAGAUCGAAGAUUUUGGAAAUUGAGAAGCCGCAGGAAAUCCAAUUCGGGGUGAAUGAAACGUCACAUCCGCCAAAACGAUUAACCAACACUGAGGAAAAAUUUAAGUCACUUAUCAAUACGCGAAAUUUUGAAAAUUUUUGCACUCGUUAUUCUUAAGGGAUACUCGAUCAUCGUGACAGAAUAAAAGUCAUCAAACACUUCAUCGUUCAAAGCAAUUUUUUGCUUUCGAUGAUAACGAACUUAGAGAAUAAUUUGGUCGAAAAUUUCCAACACUUUUCGUGACCUUUCUCUUUGCCUUAAGAGCUGAGGUGUCCGUCGUUUUAUUUGGCUAACGAUAAUUCCGUCAAUAUCCGCACUCCACCUGACCGAAAAGCAUCACCAGAUAAAAAUGUCCAUGAAGACAUAUCGAAUAUCGAUCCUGGUUAUCCGCUCAAUUAUUCGUUUCGCUCCACCGUCCAAAGAAAAAAUCGUAAAUUUUCUACGGCUUCGAAUAAACAAACAGAAAAUCCGCCCAGAAUUUUUCUUUUUACUCGUUGAAGAACAAAAACAAUACGUUUUCUCACCUGUAAACAAAAAAUUAUCGUCAGCUCGAUAUUUCGUGCGACCCUUGAAAAUCAAUCAAUUAAUUCAAUAAACUCAAGUAAAUAUAAAUCGAUUAAGAUAACUUGAACAGUGGAUAUUUGAUCGAUCAAUUAAAGGUUUAAGAAGAGAAUCAAUGAGAAUGGAAGAUUCGAGAGAAUAAUUGCCUACUUCAGUAAGAAUAAUAAAGAGAAAAAUAAAAAAAAUAAAACAAAACAGAAAUAUUUCAUAUUCGAAUGAAAAAAUAUUGUAAUUGAGCGCGAAGGCGUUGGGCGUUGUCGAAUCGUUCAUCGAUUUUCUUUCAAUUGAUAUGAAAGAGACUCGUUUUCAAAAGGCAGAAAUACAAUCUCUAUUAUUAGAAUAUAAGAUCUCUAUGAAUUAAUUGUACGAGGCACAGCGUAAAAAGCAACGUUCAGAGACGAAAGAUUUUUGUAGCUAAUUAUUCGCAAUGAAAAAUACGAUGAGAAAAAAAACGAAAGAUGAUGAUCGAAGAAGGGAGAAAAAUUGUUGAAGCAAUCUCGCGCAAACAAAGUGUCAUUUUCAAUUAUUAUUAUUAUCUAGGACUUCCAAAAUGUUCAGAUUAAUUCAUUAUUAAUAAUACGAGAAUGAGGGGAAAAAAAGAACUUUUUCCGUAAAUCUUAUCUCAGUAAAAAAAAGGCUCCCUGUAAGAGGCCCCGUACAAACAUUUUUGCGUUUCCGAAAUAGAGCUUUUCGCGGCUCGUUAGCGAGUGAGAGAUAAUUAAAUUAGAGCCAGGACUCGAAAGUAGAAAGUGAAAAAAGAGCUCUCUUAGAGACCGUGACGAUUAUUACCGAUGAUACAAUCGAGAGUAGAAACUUUUUCGUUUGCGAUCGAAACUUCGUGUUUGCGAACGAUAUUUGGCCUAUAGGCGUCGUAGGUUUUGUUGGAUUUUUACUUUUUUCGUUAUAGACACUAUUAAAUACGAAAAAAAUUCGCCUCUCGCGUUUAGGGGAGAUGAACAAUGGCCUAGAUCAUAGUUAUUAAAUCGUGGCUGAAAUUGAGUAAUAGUCUAAUCAUAGAAUUCUCUGCGAUGACGAACGACAAAAUAUCUUCUCGUGUUCUACAUCACUUACGAGUUUGCUAUCUAUCAUUACAAUCUAUUGAGAAUACUUCGCGUGUACAUGUUCCCACCCACAGUUGAUAUCAAUCUGAAAUUCAAACAGAAAUCAUUUUACAUGGGAAAUCAAAGAAAUUGAAGAAUUUUUGAGAUCGUGGAUAACUUUACUUUCGAGAAAGAAUUUUAAAAAGAGUUUGAGGGAAAAAGUAUAAGACAGCUGUAAAAUUGUUUGUUUCUGUCGAGAUGAAACUGUUUUUCUGCAAGUUAACCACGAAAUUGGCUAUUUCGUCGGAUAUUUUUUGUACAGUCGAAUUGGAAUAACCGAUGGAAACGUCCACGAAGAAUAAAAAAAAUAAGGAGAAAUAAUGAUUUGGGAUUUUUGCGCUUGAAGCAUUCUUAAAGAAAAAAAAUGAUUAAUUUCGAGCCAUUAAGUAGGUCCGCACGACUGACCCAAAGCGGCACUUUUACCCAGUUCAAUUGUACAGAAAGGUUGAUCGUCGAGGAUCUCGAUGAAAAAAGAUCGACAUAUGAAAGUCGAUAGGAACGAGAACUAAAAAAUGAUAACAAGAUUGACUGUUUAAAAUUGUAAACGGGGCCUCGCAAGGUCGAUCUCCAAGUACGAAUAAAUUAUACUAUUUGUUCAA